CUUCUCUUGUUAAGUACACAUUUUAAUAAGCACAGCUAAAAACUACCGAAUGGAAAUGUUUGCUUAAUGAAUGUUUUUUCGCUUAACAAUGUCGUUAGUACGUCUCAGUCACAACUGAAGACUGCAAAAAUAUGGCUUUCCUUGACUUCUGUGUAAGGUUUGCAUGAUAUUGUGGUAAAAUGUACUACAACCAUCUUUUCUUCCUACGGUGGAUUAAUUCCUACUUUUCGCUGUGCAUUUCGAGUUGAUGCACUUGGGAAUUUGGANAUGCACUCAGAAGAAGGUAAUGUAACUUUACCCCUUAUUGGUGGAAAUGUUUCAAGUCCUUUUCUUAUAUUUCAGGUCUUGGAAAACAGUAUUUCUAAUUGGACAGAGCUCCAACCCCAAGCUAAAUGACUUGGUUCAUCAGGAAGCAAGCAUCUACAAAGACAUCGUCAUAGGAUCUUUUAAGGAUACAUAUCGCAACCUUUACAUGAAGAUGGUGUUUAGCCUCAAAUGGCCACUGGACCAAAAGUGCCAGGCUUCUUACAUCCUUAAGACAGAUGAGGACUGUUUUGUUAAUGUAGGCAAUCUUCUUAACUGGCUCAGCAACCACCAUUUAGCCAAUGGGACACACCCACUUUAUGCCGGUAGAGUUCAGCUAGGCAUGGAAGUUAUAAGGGAUAAGGGAAGUCGUUACUACGUCUCUGAGAAAGAUCAUCCCGCCGAGAUAUUUCAGCCUUAUGUGUCCGGUGGAGGCUAUGUUUUCAGUGGAAGUCUGCUGCCAUCACUUGCUGAAGUUUCACAGAGUUCGCCGCUUUUUCCAAACGAAGAUGCGUUGCUCGGCUCUCUAAUGUAUCGACUUGGGGUACAACCGACAGACAACAACAAAUUUUUGCCUUCAAUCUUCUGUGAAAUCCCUGAUAUAGACAGGUUCCGAGAAGCAAACAUGUGUGCUUUGUCAAGACAGAUUGUUUUGCAUGGUGUACAGGACAAGCACCAACUGGAAAUGCAUUUUAACAGCGUCCUGCUAAAUUAUUUUCCCUCGCUUUGUUCUUUAGAGACCAAUUACGAGAAUAUGCGAGAUCACUGCAAAUCAUAAUGAACAAAUCAGAAUGCUGUAAGACAGAAAUCUUGACCAAAAACCAGUAAUUAAUUUGAACAAGUCUAUGCUACUGAUCGAGGGAAACUAAAAAGAGUAUCUCGCUUUUAUAGAUUUGCACCCGCGCUUGAGAUCCACUUGAUGAUCUCCUGUAUUCUCCCAAACUGAUUUCUUGACAUUUUAUUUAUAUACAAGGAAAAUUUAGUUGUUAAUUA